UGCCAUUAGACCAUUUCUCCCUCAGCGGUAUGGCAGGCUCUCUGUGCAGGCUGUGCCAUGUCCCUCCUAAGGCUGCUUCAAAAGCAACCAAGGAGCGUGGGGAAUGGGGCAGUAAAAAGGAGUUCAUCCUGUCUGUGGCUGGCGCUAUUAUUGGACUUGGAAAUGUGUGGAGAUUUCCAUAUCUUUGCUACAAGAAUGGCGGUGGUGCUUUCUUUAUUCCUUACAUCCUAUUCCUUGCGGCCUGCGGCAUCCCUCUGUUUGUACUGGAGGUAUCGCUGGGCCAGUACACCAGUCAGGGAGGAAUCAUGUGCUGGAGAAAGGUCUGCCCUUUGUUUGAAGGCCUGGGAUACGCCAGCCAAAUGAUCAUUUUCUAUGGAUGUAUCAGCUACAUUGUGAUCUUAGCCUGGGCUUUUCUCUAUUUCUUUUCUUCCUUCUCUGGCGAGCUGCCAUGGGCCACCUGUAAUAACACAUGGAAUACAGAUUCUUGUGUGAUAUUGAACAACUAUAAUACCACUGCUAACUGGACCUCGCCUGUGAAUGCGUCAUCAUCUGUAAUAGAGUUUUGGCAACGACGGGUGCUAAAUAUAUCCACUGGCAUAGAGGCCUUGGGAAGCAUACAGUGGGAACUUUCUUUGUGCCUUCUCCUGGCCUGGAUCAUCUGCUACUUCUGUGUCUGGAAGGGAGUGAGAUCCACAGGGAAGGCUAGCUACUUCACAGCCACAUUCCCCUACAUCAUGUUGUUGGUGCUGUUCCUCAGAGGAAUGACCCUUCCUGGAGCCUUUCUUGGUAUCAAGUACUACCUGUACCCCAAUCCUGCACGGCUCACUGACCCACAGGUUUGGAUGGAUGCGGGAACCCAAAUAUUUUAUUCUUAUGCCAUAUGUCUGGGAUGCCUGACUACGCUUGGGAGCUUCAACAAGUACAACAACAACUGUUACAGAGACUCCUUCUAUCUUUGCUUGCUGAACAGCGGGACCAGCUUUGUAUCCGGCUUCGCCAUCUUCUCAGUUCUGGGCUACAUGUCACAUAAACAGGGUGUUGACAUUUCUUCAGUUGCUGAGUCAGGCCCUGGCCUUGUGUUUAUAGUCUACCCGCAAGCUGUGACCCUUCUGCCCUGUCCUCAAGUUUGGUCCGUGUGCUUCUUCACCAUGAUCAUCUUGUUAGGAAUAGACGGACAGUUUGUUGGCCUUGAAAGCAUCAUGACCUCUCUGUCAGAUGUCUACCCUUCCCAGAUCCGAAAAGGAUAUCGCAGAGAGCUUUGUCUGAUGCUGAUCUGUGCUAUUAGCUAUAUGUUUGGCCUCUUCUUGGUGUCACAGGCAGGCGCAUAUAUUCUGCAGAUCUUUGAUCACUAUGUAUGCAGUGGUCCCGCUCUUCUCCUGAUGGCAAUCUUUCAGUCAGUGGUUAUUGGAUGGAUUUAUGGUGCUGAACGCUUCUUGGACAACAUUGAGGACAUGAUUGGGUACAAACCUCUGUCACUGAUCAAGUACUGCUGGAUGUAUGGCACCCCUCUUGUUUGCAGUGCCACUCUUGUGUUUUUGCUGCUGAGAUACACCCCUUUGAGGUUCAACAACUCCUAUGUGUAUCCUUCGUGGGCGUACUGGAUCGGCUGGUUUCUGGCCAGUUCUUCUCUUACAAUGGUUCCACUGACCAUGCUCUGCAAACUGGCCAAAGGAAAAGGGACUCUCUGGCAGCGUCUCAAGAAAAGCUCCCAACCGGCAGAGGACCUUCCAGUGAUGGCAAAGGAAAUUGCGAGAAUCAACGCCUCACUGCGUGUCCCUGGUAAUGGACAAAAUGUGUAAUGAAAUGCCA